AUGGGCCAGAAAUUCUCCGUUGAGACGGCCCUGCCAGCAGGCAAAACUCUCGUACCUUCAGAUAUCAUACUCGAAAUUGCCCGCAAGCGUAUUCGCUCGAUGCACCCGCCUUUGGCCGGGCGAAAUCACACGGUGGCCGCGACUUUCAACCAUCAAUGGGGUGGAUUCCGCAGGGACCUUGACAUGCGCGUCCCAUUUGCAGCCGCCCCUCUCAUCCCAGAACCGGAAGCCUACCAUCACGCAUCCGGGAAUCUCGGUUGGAUAGAACUCAUGCACAUCUCAAGAGCCAUCCGCAAUACUCUGCGUACAGGCGGGUCUGAGUUUUGGGCUGCGUCCAUUGGACGCCUACCUAGAGCCAUCCAUGACAUGCUUGCGCUUAGCAGUGGCCGGCUGCUGGAUGUCUUUGUUGAUCUGGCCCCUUGGCGGCAGGAUGGGAGCCGGCAAAUGAUGAACUUUCUUCUCAAUGGCACUGUACCACUUGCACGCAUCCGCUCGCUCAUCUUCGUCGACGUUCGAGUAGACACCAAUCCAGCCCUUACUAUAUUUCCAAUUCUUGCGCAGAUGACUGCCUUGCAGUCCGUCGACAUCUAUGUUGCUCUCACUGAGCAAGUCCGUGGACAAGUGGCUCUCCCACCUACUACAAUCCGUUUCCCCAUUCCUGACCUUGCUAUCUCUGUUCACCCCGUCAGACUAUCCUUCACGUGUUUUAUAGCCCGCGUGAAUAGCGUCACUCAUCUUUCUAUUUGGCAGUCCUCCUUCGCUAAACCAUUGGCGGCUUGGACUGUCACUUGUGAUGAGCUGCUUAACGUGCUUCAUCUUUCGCGUGAGACCCUUGAGACGCUCGACAUCCGGAUUGACUUGCCUGGGGAAGCUAACCCCGAUGCUCGAGACCCCACGGUUUCCGUUUCACCUGCUCGAAUUCACUUUCCGCGCCUCACGCUCAUUUACUUCCGUGACUUUUACGACCCUGGACGAUCCGGCAUACCUCUGGUCUGCGACAUUGUCCCACGAAUGGGCUUUCGGCCUGACGUGAGGGUUCUCGUCCGUCGGUUCUGCGUGCAAGAGCAAUUGCUCUAUAGCGAUGAAAUUUCACGAUAUUUUGGCGAGGGCGGCCUUCCCCCUGCCACUUCCUGCACCAUCGACGCUGCUCGAGUAGAACCUGCGAAAAACCCCGAGUCGGAGUUUUGGCCUCCCAUACGUGUACACUAUUCUACUGGUCCACACAACGCUGGCCUCAAGUUCACCAUCUUCGCCCCGGGCCACCACUUACAACCGAGUAUUGCUCACAAAAUCGAUAAGCUCGUCGACGUUGCCGCAAACUUCUGCUCUAGCGGCAUAUCGCUGCAUGCACCGCAUGUGUCGCAUUCCCCUCACUUUCGGCGCCUGCGCGCGGGCAUGGACUUCAGUCAGGAAUUGUUUCCUGAUGGCAUCGUAAAGUGUGUUUGGCGUCCGCAGACGGUUCCAGUCUAG